CCACUGCCAGUGCGUCGCCGCUGCCCAGCUCAGUGCCGCCCGCUCGGCUGCUGUCCCGGGGCCUCUGGGAGGUUGACAAGGUCUGGGCCAUGGCGCUACUCCUUGUCCUGCCGUUUCUAGCCGGCGCUGCCCUUUCUGUGCUCCCGGCUACCGCCGCUGGAUCACACAGUCUUCAUUACAACCUCACGGCGCUGUCCCGGGAUGGAUCUGUGCAGUUCAGCUUUUUCGCGGGACGCUUGGAUGGCCAGGCCCUCCUGCGCUAUGACCGUGAGACAGGCAGGGUAGAACCCCGGGGGCUGUGGGCAGAAGAGCUGGGAGCUGAGACGUGGGACACAGAGUCCAAGGACUUGACAGAGACGUGGAAGGACCUCAGAGAGCUUCUAGCAGAAAUCCUGGCCCUGCAGGAGGAGAAAGGAGGUGUGAAUUCCCUCCAGGAGAUCUGGGCUGUGAAAUCCGAGAAGACAACCAUGCCUGGGGCUUCAGGUUUCGCUACUAUGAUGGGGAGUUCCUCCUCUCCUGUCACCCAGAGACCCACUACAGCGCCCCAGUCCUUGGCUCAGAACUUGGCCAUGGAAAUGGAGAAGUCCUGGGACACAGAUGGCUUUCAAAGCAAGUAUUACCAGGCCCAUGUGCAGGGAGAGCUUUGUGGAAGACUGCGGGGCUACCUGGAAUCCUGGACAGGCUUCAGGGAGAGAACAGGUACUGCUCCUGGGCCAGGGCCCUUCCUCUCUCCCAGACCCCUAGAGCCUCCCCGCCGUGACUCUGCACACGGAGACCCUCCCUGUCCUCUGGGUACAUAUAUGCUCUGCUGGCGUGGUGUCCUGCAAUUUAAUGCCAUCCUGAAAGCCUCCUUCUACUGAAAGCUGUGCCUUAUCCCCAACCCACAUCUCUUGGUCUUUGGAAUACCUACGCCAUGGUCCUUAAACCUGAUUGCUUAUAGAACCACCUGGGGAGUUUUUACUAUCCAUAUGUCUAGGCCAUGGCCAAAACCAACUGAAUCAGUAUCCCUUGGGUUGAACCUAGGGCUUCAUAUCUUUUAAAGCCCCCUCAGUGAUUCCAAAUAUGUAGGCAAGUUUUAGAAUCAUUGGUCUAGCCCUGGUUGAAACUUCCCUGAUGGAACCAAGUGUGCCCUGCCUUGAACCCCAUCUGACCAUUUUAUACUCCCCACAUUAGAAAAUGAGCCACUUUAGGAUCAGGAACUGUGUUCAUUUCAUCUUUGUCUCCCUGCAAAUGCUUUUUUUAAAGUUGUACUCUGCCUCACAUUAGUAACCAUUCCACUAAGAUCCUUUUCCAAUACUUUUCCUGUGGAUGGAAAUGUCAUGCCUCAGGAAGUUUUAACAAUUUCUUAGAUUUCACAUCAUUUUUAUUAAUUAAUUACUUUGACCAUCAUAAUUUAUUUGGCAGGUCAGGGAUUGGGUCCUGUCCCAUCUCAGAGAGCUUCUUUUCAUUGCGAAAGGUCACAAGGGUAGUGAAAGUAUAGAGGCAGAUGGAACCCAGCUCUCCUGGACAAGCCCUUUCCUCCAAGACCAUCGUCUUUCGAAGACUUGCUAGGUGUGGCAGCUCCAGCAAACUCUCAUUCGAGUCGCAACCCCUCUCCCCCCAAAAAGACUUUUAAUACUAAUACUAAUAUGUUAGGUUUGUCUCACAGCAUUUAGAGAUGACUGCAAUGAGAGAUAAAGCCAACUACUCUUCGUGAGAGGUACGACUCCAGAUUUGGGGUGCUCUCCCGGAUUUGGGCGUGGCUGCCCCUCCCUCAUCAAGCGUCGCAGCUAGUCUCUUGUACAAAGUAUUUUCCCUCCACGCCACGCUGCCUCCAGCCUCCCCUGCUCUGCCCUAUAAACUACCUGUUCUCCCUCCACUCUCCCUUUUGUACCCCUGGGCUCACCGGCACACUGGCAUCUUUCUCUGCGCAGACCUCUCGCACUGCUGCUGGGUCCCGAAAGGAAACCGAAAGCAGCCAGCGCGGAUGCUUCCAUAACCCAAGGCGCGGCCCCACUGCACCCUCAGAAGAUCAACCAACCCCUAACUCUGGUUUAAAGGAAAUAGAAGUUGUUCGUGGAUAUAAAAGCAGAAUAAAGGCUCUUAUGGGCAGGUUGGGACAGGAGUGAGCUGCAUUCAGGCUUCUGGUCCUCACACUGCUCGGCAACUACAUCUGCAGGCUGCGAAAAUGCAGACCUGCCUGGGUCCGCGGAAAUUCCGAGUCGAGCACAGGCUC